AUGGCUCCAAUGUAUUAUAAACGGCUUAACCGCCUAAAAUCGCCUACGAUCCGAUUCAGCGUCGCGCUUUCGAAAACUGGGCAAUGUUUUACUCCACACAUUGUUAAUAUAACUCCUGGUGAGGAUGUGGCGGAGAAGAUUGUUCUUUUCACUCAGCAAAGCAAGCAUCAGUUAUGUGUUCUUUCUGCAUCUGGCUCCAUCUCUAAUGCAUCCUUGUCUCACCUUGCAUCAGGAACCAGUCACGGGGGUAAAACUGGUGGCCUUAGCGUUUGUUUAUCUAAUUCAGAUGGUCAGAUCUUUGGUGGAGGAGUUGGGGGACUCCUAAAGGCUGCUGGUCCAGUCCAGGUGGUUCUUGGCACGUUUCAGCUAGAGAAAAAGAAGGAUGGAAGAAAUGGUGCGAAAGGAGAUGAUGCUUCGGGAAGUAGAAACAUGUUACCUUCUCCUUCUGGUACAGAAUCUUUGUUGGGCUACCAUCCCGAUAUGGAAUCUUCCGGAAGAAAUCCAAACGAUGAGCAUCAUACUAUUACUAGUAGUGCAUUGGGUGGUGGAGCUCAUUUCAUGAUGAAACCACCUCAGGGCAUGCACAUGACACAUGCCCGACCUUCUGAAUGGGGCGGUACUGGGUAUGAUUUGUCAGGUAAAAGUAGCUAA